CAAUCAGAGGCCCCUCGGCCUAUAGCCGCCCGCGAUAGCCAGAGUGGGCGGGGCUGGGCGCAGUACUCUCUCCGGGUGAAAGCGCUGCUACGUUGUGUCUCUCUCGAGCGGCUUUCCUGCCAGGCGGCCGGGCCUUUCUUCCUUCCUCUGUGUGUGUGUGUUUGGCAAGGCGCUCUUGCCGUCGGCCCGCCCGCCUGCUGCCUAGCUCGGCCCCGGGGAAGCCUGGGCGCCUCCCCGCGAUGUCUGCAGCCGGGGGCGGCGGGGCGGGGACUCCCAAGACGCUGCCUUCCUCGGGACCCAGGUCGCUGCGGGACAUGCCGCACCCGCUGGCCGCCUCCAGCAGCGAGGAGGCCGCAGGGGACCUCACGCCCAGCCCGGAGCUGCAACUCCCGCGGAGCCUGGCCGACAAGGAUCUCAGUUUACCCAAUGGUACUCCAGUAGAUACUUCCAGUCCAGCAUCUUCAUCCUCACUACUUAACAGACUGCAGCUGGAUGAUGACUUGGAUGGAGAGAUGAGAGACCUCUUUGUCACAGUUGAUGAUCCAAAAAAACAUGUCUGUACAAUGGAGACUUACAUCACGUACAGAGUCAUGACCAAGACUACACGAGCAGAAUUUGACUUGCCAGAAUAUUCCAUGCGACGAAGAUAUCAGGAUUUUGACUGGCUCAGGAAUAAAUUGGAGGAAUCACAGCCGACUCACCUCAUUCCCCCCCUCCCAGAGAAAUUUGUGGUAAAAGGAGUUGUAGACCGCUUUUCGGAAGAAUUUGUUGAGACAAGGAGGAAGGCCUUGGAUAAAUUCUUGAAAAGGAUUGCAGAUCAUCCCGUGCUUUCUUUCAAUGAACACUUUCAUGUGUUUCUUACGGCCAAAGAUCUUAAUGCUUAUAAAAAACAAGGAAUGGCCUUGCUUUCUAAGAUGGGAGAAUCGGUAAAAUAUGUCACAGGAACCUAUAAACUAAGAAGUCGACCGGUGGAGUUUGCAGCCAUUGGUGACUACCUAGAUACAUUUUCUCUCAAACUUGGAACCAUUGAUAGAAUAGCACAGAGGAUAAUAAAGGAGGAAGUUGAAUACCUGGUGGAAUUACGAGAAUAUGGUCCUGUAUAUUCAACCUGGAGUGGGCUAGAAAAAGAGCUGUCGGAGCCUCUGGAAGGAGUCUCUGCCUGCAUUGGGAAUUGUUCGACUGCUCUUGAGGAAUUGAGUGAAGAUAUGACAGAGGACUUCCUGCCUGUCCUAAGAGAGUAUAUCCUGUACUCAGAGUCCAUGAAGAACGUGUUGAAGAAAAGAGAUCAGGUUCAAGCAGAGUAUGAAGCCAAACUAGAAGUUGUGGCCCUUAGAAGAGAAGACCGUCCCAAGAAGUUGAAAAGUGUCAAGACCGAGUGGAGUGUUUUAAUGCUGACUUUAAGGCAGACAUGGACCGAUGGCAGAACAACAAGCGGCAAGACUUUCGGCAGCUACUCAUGGGAAUGGCAGAUAAAAACAUCCAGUACUAUGAGAAGUGCCUUACGGCAUGGGAGUCUAUUAUACCUCUGUUGCAAGAUAAGUCUGAGACCAAAUAAGAAGUCCCACCUCCCUCUUCAUUCCUGCACCAUGGACCUUGGACUGUGUGCACAAUGGUACCACUACCACUAAAUAUACUGGAGAGAACUCUAUGCACGAUGUGGUAUAAUAUCCCCCAUCCCUUCCCUGCUUGGGAGGGACCCUGCCUAUGCUGAACCUCAGGACUGAUCAACUUGAACAGGUUGGAACUGGACAUUUUCUGCAACCUGUUUGUUAAACCAUCUGAGUUGGCCUAGUGCGCUCCUACUCCAUAAACCUCUUUUGGGGGGGAAACAACAACAGCAAGAACACAACAAAAACUGUUUUAUUUUUUGGACCACUUUAUAUUGAAUGGCGCUGAUCAUUGGAACACUAAAAUAAUAAUAAUAAAAGCUCUUAAAUGCAAGGUGCCAAAAUGACAUCUUUUAUUGACCCUUCUUUUCCUUUUUAGCUAAGUAAGGGCUAAUGGACCAAUUGCACUUAUGGCUUCAGAACUCUUGAUUUAUUCCCCCCCCCCCCCAUUCUGUGGAAAGGAAGACAUGGCUGUUAGAUAAUACUUCCCAGAUUCUUGAAAGUCUUUCUGAACCAACCUGGGCUUUUCUCUGUAUGAUUUUUGGGAGGGAGGCAGAUCAUUAAAAGUGGAGAUGGUGUGGUCUUGGUGGAAUGUAUUAGAAACUUGUGGAAUAUUCACUAGGUAAUCUUUGUUGUCUGACCUGUGAGUAUGGCAUGUAGUCCUUGUUGUUCUGCAGCCCAGUUCACCAUUUAUUGAGUGUGGCAAAGGGAUGGCAUUGUAUGUCUGUGCACAGGGCUAUUCUGUUUUUUUCCUAAAAAAAUAAAAUAAAAACUAUACAAGUUCUUGGUAUCUCUCUUCAGAAUAGCUUGAGCAAAUGUCAUGGAAUAAAUGUUAUUUCCUGA